UUUUUGCCCUGCCGCAUCAAACUGGACGCGAAUCUCGUCUCUGCUACCUUUCGGUUUAUAUUCUCUGUAAUUGUACGAAAUUUUUACGACCAUUGGCGCGCAUUUGUUGUUUAACUUACGAAGAUGGUAACGGGCCUCGGGCUGACUGGAUUUUAUAUCGUAAAAGUCAAUUGAGAAGAAGAAUGUCUGUGCAGGUUUGCUAGCCACUGUUAGCAUUGAUGAUGAGAACCAUCGGGGGACGCUAACCCCAACAAGCAGCCGUCACUUUUUGCCAUGACUCAACCCUGAGCUCGUUUUUCUUCUGGAAGCCCCACUGAGAACACAUCGUCGGUCGUGCCUUUUUAUCUCCCCAGCGAACUCCAGGAUGAGAAACUGUGAGUACCGGCAGAUCGACCCGCUGGCGCUGUCGGCUGCACCCACUUAUUCGGCUCCGCAGACCACCGACAAGAAAGCGGAGCGGCUGCGGCGGAAAUGGGAAGUGUUCCCGGGGAAGAACCGAUUUUUCUGCGACGGUCGUGUCAUCGUGGCCAGACAGAGCGGCGUCCUCCCGCUGACACUGGGGCUUAUUGUUGUCACCUGUGGCCUUUUUUUUGCAUUCGAUUGCCCAUUCCUGGUGGAACAUCUGACAGUCUUCAUCCCAGUGAUCGGCGGGGUGCUGUUUGUGUUUGUGGUCCUCUCCUUGCUGAGAACCAGUUUUACAGACCCAGGCAUCCUACCCAGGGCCACCUCAGACGAAGCUGCAGACAUAGAGAAGCAGAUAGAUACCUCAGGAGCCUCCUCGUAUCGCCCCCCUCCACGGACCAAGGAGAUCCUCAUCAACCAGCAGGUGGUCAAGCUCAAGUACUGCUUUACGUGUAAAAUGUUUCGCCCUCCGCGGACGUCACACUGCAGCCUUUGUGACAACUGUGUGGGUAAGGAUGUGGUCGGGACAUUUUGCAAUGCGUUCCAUUCCAACUUCACGCGACGUUCGGAGAGGUUUGAUCAUCACUGCCCGUGGGUGGGCAACUGUGUGGGCAGGCGGAAUUACCGCUUUUUCUACAGUUUCAUCAUCUCCCUGUCUUUUCUGACAUCUUUCAUAUUUGGCUGCGUCAUAGCACACAUUAGCUUGCGUUCUCAAUCGGGUAAAAGCCUCAUCCAAGCCAUCCAGGAGAGCCCUGCCAGUGUGGUGGAGCUGGUCAUUUGUUUCUUCUCCAUCUGGUCUAUUCUGGGCCUCUCAGGCUUCCAUACCUACCUAGUAGCCUCCAACCUUACUACCAAUGAGGAUAUUAAGGGGUCCUGGUCAAGUAAAAGGGGUGCAGAGGACUCUGCGAACCCGUACACUUACAACAGCAUCCUAGCUAACUGCUGUGUGACGUUAUGUGGGCCCAUGCCCCCAAGCCUGAUUGACAGGAGAGGCUUCCUGCCACCUGAGGAGUCCGUCCCCGCUGCUUCUGCCUCAGAGAUCGAGCUGCCUUCCUUCGCAGCCAAGAAUGACACGAACGUGUGCACACAGAGCACCAAAGACGUGCUCGAGAGGAUGCUCUACUCCUCCGCCUUUCACGGUCUCUGCCUUCCUGGCACCCCAAAGACGACCCUUGUGGGCGUGGAGGUCACCAGUGUCCCGGGCCGCGCACCGGAGACGUCACCCACAGCGAGGUGCUCGCACCAGCCCGCCGCCACGCCGUGCUCGCACCAGCCCGCCGCCACGCCGUGCUCGCCCUUCUCCAAGAGCAGCACGAGCGACUCGAUGCGCUCCAUCAACCCGGCGUUCCGUUUGGCGUCUCCUUCGCCCUCGCUCGGUCGAGCCACACUGGUUCUCGGCGAGGCGCCCGACGUCUGCUUUAUCCCAUUACCUUGACGGUAUCCAACUUGGAAGUCUCGUGGGAGCUUUUUUUCCACAAGUGCUUCUGCUGUGUGGUCCUGUUUGGUACUUCAGUAUUGACUUCAAACUUGACAAAAGCACAAGUGGACAUUUAACACUUUUAAGAUAUUCCAGCACAUGCCACCCCACCUUUUACAGUACAGAACCUCCAGCCAUAGAGCUUUAAUUUCCUGUUCACAUCUUAUGCAAAGCACUCCUAAAACCUUUGAACAAAUGUGAGUUUCUGGAAACCAAUUCUUACUGGACUCGACUGUGAUUCAGUUAAGGAAUAAACCUUGAGAGAAGUCCUAUAAAUCUGACUUUGACAGGCUUUUGAUCAGGGGUUCCCGACCGAUUUCAACCUGAUCACCUGCAAUGGUGUGACCUAAAAUUCGGGAGGUGCAAAACAAAAACCUUUUGGAGCUAAUGCAAAAACCCAAAACAUGUGGUCAUAAUUAAAAAAAAAAAAAAAAAACAAUAAUUACGCUCGGUUUCUCCACAUUCCAAAAACAGGUUGAUUGAAGACUCUUAAGUUGACCAUAGGUGUAAAUGUGAGUGUGUCAAUGGUUGUUUGUCUAUAUGUCCCCAGUCUAGGCUGUACCAGCUCAACUGUGACCCCGAGGAUAAGCAGUCAAGGAAAUGGAUGCAAUUUAAGAGUUGCAAUAGGCCGAAGACAGAAUAACACAACACCGUGCGUAGGUUUGUUUUCAUAUUUCCGUGAUUUCCAAAGGCCCAGCCGCGGCCACUUACCAGUUUGCUACCUGAUAUUUGGGAACCCUUGCUUUAAGCGGACAGCUAAAAUUUCUGAAUUAGAGGGCAAGAUUUUUAACUUGUAUAUAUAUAUUGCGGUUUUGUCAUCUGUUCUACAUGUUUUGUGCAUUAUGGCACCUGACAGACAAAUUACAUUUGCAGUAUUUGGCAUGAUGGCUAAAGUGAAAGGAUGUUUCCCCCCCCAUGGGUUUUAAGGUGUGCUGCAAACAUUUGUUAAAUCUGAAAGCUUUCCAUCACUGCAGUCAUUGACUCGAACAUAUCAGUCUCUCCCCCCCCAACUACUUAUUUGCAUUGAAUUUGUAUUAAAUAUAAAUAAAACAAACCAUACAUCUGCAGGGCCUUAACAGAGAAAUGUUUAAAAACAAGCCUCAGUUUUCUGUUGCAAGUUGACAGCAUAUAAAAACUGAGUUAUGUUGUCUUUGGAAUGCGGACGAGGUGCAUUACUCAUUAUUUAUAAUGUCUUUGUACUUUGUACUUGUGUGGUUAGCACAUCUGCAUCACAGUUCUGAGGUUUGGGAUUUGAAUCUUGACUCGGCCCCUUCUGUGUGGAGUUUGCAUGUUCUCCUUGGGCUUGCGUGGCUUUGCUGCAGGUACUGUACUCCUGCUACUUCCCACAUUCCAUAAAAAAAAAAACGUGCAGAUUAGGUUAAUUGAAGAUUAAAUUGUCAAUAGAUGUGAUUGGUUGUUUGUCUAUAUGUGUCCUGCGAUUGGCUAGUGACAAGCCCCGCCUCUCGCCCAAAGCCAGCUGGGAUAGGUUCCAGCUCUUGCGACCCUAAAUGGAUGGCUGGAUCGACUUGUUGCUGUAGUUUGAAACGUGACCUGUCACAUGUGAUGAUGAACUUUAGUUUUCGCCACUAGGGGCCAGGAUUGUGCCGUCUGCUUAUACAGCACUUCUUAGUCACACGAGUAGGCCAAAAGGCCUUCAUGUAUAUGUGCAUUAAAGCUGCACAUAGAUUUGGCGUCAAGUCUGACUGAAGCUGUUAAUAAAACAAUCACUUUGA